AUACAUCCAAGCCCAUAUUCAUAUUGAAAAAAUAAUCAUGGCUAUAGCUCCAUCACAACUUGUUUCAUCAAUUACUGAAAAACUCAUCGUCAAACCUUCCUUUCCUACCCCUUCUCCACUUAAAUACCACAAGCUCUCAUUUAUCGACCAAUCCUUGAGUCACUUGUACAUUCCUCUAGUUUUCUUCUACUCUAAGCCACCACAAGACGUUAAUAACAUUUCAAGCAUCCAUGAUCUUGAUCAAGUAGCUCAUAAACUACAAAAUUCAUUAGCAACAACUCUAUCAGCUUAUUAUCCCUAUGCUGGAAGCAUGAAAGAUAGUGCCACGAUCGAAUGUAAUGACAGGGGAAUUGAGUUCUUUAACGUUCGAAUAAAGUGUCCCAUGUCCGAAAUGCUGAACAAACCUCAUGACUAUGCAGAAGCGAACAUAUUUAUGAAAGAUUUACCUUGGAAGAAUUCAUUCGAUGGAAGCCUACUCGUGGCUCAAUUAAGCCGUUUUGAUUGUGGAGGAAUAGCAAUCAGCGUGUGCCUGUCACACAAAGUUGGUGAUGGAGGCUCUGUGGCAAGUUUUUUCUAUGACUGGGCUAAGGUUACUCGAAAUCCAAAUCGAAUCCCUCGUCCCCAUUUCAUUGGUGACACGUUUUUUCCAACCCCCAAUGGACCUUUGACUGCACCAUUAAUUGAUUCCAAGUUAGAGAAAUGUGUACACAAAAAGUUCCAUUUCUCUGCUUCAAAAUUACAGGGCCUUAGAGCAAAAAUAGCAGCAGAAGCAGGGGUCAAAAAUCCGACACGUGGAGAAGUUGUGAGUGCACUUCUAUUCAAAUGUGCUACAAAGGCUGCAUCAAAGAUCAAUAACACUUCAUUCAGGCCAUCUAAGUUGGUGAAUUAUGUCGAUAUACGCCCUAUGACAACUCCCCCUUUAUCGCGAAACAUUAUAGGAAAUCUCCUCAAUAUUACUUUCACAUCAGCGAGUAACUAUGAGGAGAUGAAAUUACCUAAAUUGGUUCGCGAAUUUAGGAAGGAAUUCGAGCUAGCUUUCAAGAAAGACCCUGUUGAACACAAUGCAUUGAUCUUGAAAUUACAUGAAACCAUGGAAUCACCAUACGCAAUCGAUGAAUUUGACACUUAUUUCUGCAGCAAUAUGUGCAAGUUUUCUGGUUAUAGUAUAGAUUUUGGAUGGGGGAAGCCAGAAAGAGUGUGUGCACCAAUGGGUCCAUUCAAGAAUUUCUUCAUAUUGAGUGCUGAUCAAAGUGUGGAUGGUGUUGAAGCUAUGGUGACUUUAGAAGAACAACACAUGUUGGCAUUUGAAUUUGAUGAAGAGCUACUGGAAUUUGCUUCUCCAAUUUCAAGUUUCUAAAGGAGUGCUUGAAAUGUUGAAGCCUCACAUAUUUGUUCAUCAACAAGGCCUUCCAAGUUCUAUUAUUAGUAUUGUUAAUUUCAAAUUUAAAACCACUUGUAAUUCUACGUUACUCUUCCUUUCUUUCUUUGGUUUCUUUUCUCUUCUUUGUUUUUCCAAUUCCUGUAAUUAUUGUAAUAAAGGAAUUCAAGUUAUGUGUUAAUGCAUUGUUCUCACCAACCAGAAAGCCCCUAG